ACGAGCUUUUGUGAAGCACUUAAACGCACCACCACCGCCCACUGUGAGCCGCUUCAUCAUAUCGCGAUAGACACCAUCAGUCCGCGGAGCUAACGCAGAGCAACAUGGCGGAAGAGGAGGUGGGGAAGCUGCAGAAGCACCUGGCCUUGCUGAGGCAGGAGUACGUGAAGAUGCAGCAGAAGCUGGCCGACACCGAGAGGCGCUGCGCCGUGCUCGCCGCACAGACUUCCAGCCAGGCCUCUCCAAGCCCUGCGGGUGCAGACACCUUCAUCAGCCGCCUGCUGGAAUUUGUGGCCAACCUCCACCAACAGGAACACUACAGUGAUCUGAAAGUGAAAGUUGCGGGCGAUCAAUACUGUGCCCAUAAGUUUGUGCUGGCCGCUCGCAGCGAUGUCUGGAGUCUGGCCAACCUGGCAUCCACCGCUGAACUGGACCUUACUGACUGCAAAGCUGAGGUUGCCAUGGCGAUGCUGCGCUGGGUGUACACAGACGAGUUGGAGCUCAGUGAGGAUGACGCUUUUCUGAUUGACCUGAUGAAGCUGGCCAACCGGUUCCAGCUUCUCCUGCUCAGAGAGCGGUGUGAAAAAGGUGUGAUGUCAUCCGUAAACGUGAGGAACUGCAUUUGCUUCUACCAAACAGCUGAGGAGCUAAACGCCAGCACCCUGAUGAACUACUGUGGCGAAAUCAUAGCCAGCCACUGGGAUGAUCUGCGGAAAGAAGAUUUCAGUACCAUGAGUGCCCAACUUUUGUACAAGAUGAUCAAAUCGAAAACGGAGUACCCUCUCCACAAAGCCAUCAAAGUCGAGCGGGAAGAUGUGGUGUUUUUGUAUCUCAUAGAGAUGGAUUCGCAGUUACCGGGGAAACUGAAUGAGCUGGACAACAACGGGGACCUUGCUCUGGACCUGGCGCUCUCCAGAAAGCUGGAGGGGAUCGCCACGACUCUGGUUAACAACAAAGCUGACGUGGACAUGGUGGAUCAGAGCGGCUGGAGCCUCCUUCAUAAGGCCAUCCAGAGAGGGGACGAAUUUGCUUCCAUCUUCCUGAUCCGCCACUCGGCUCAGGUGAACGCAGCCACAGUGGGGGCAGUGGAAACCCCUCUUCAUCUGGUCUGCUCCUUCAGCCCCAAGAAGCACACGCCCGAGGUGAUGAGCAGCAUGGCCCGAAUCGCAGAAGCUCUGCUCAAAGCCGGAGCUAACCCCAACAUGCAGAACAGCAAAGGCAGAACUCCGCUGCACGAAGCCGUGGCGUCGGGGAACGAGGCAGUCUUCAAUCAGCUGCUACAGUGCAAACAACUCGACCUGGAGCUGAAGGACCAUGAAGGCAGCACAGCUCUGUGGCUGGCUCUGCAGCACAUCACCAUGUCCUCAGACCUCUCUGUGAAUCCAUUCGAGGACGACGCCCCGGUCGUGAACGGGACGUCGUUCAACGAGAACGGCUUUGCCGCUCAGCUGAUCAAGAGAGGAAGCAAUCCCGACGCACCAGACGCCUCCACAGGAAACUGCCUCAUGCAGAGAGCAGCUCGGGCAGGCAACAAGGCGGCGGCGCUUUUCCUGGCGACUCACGGGGCAAAAGUCAACCACAUGAAUAAAUGGGGCGAGAGCCCGCUCCAUACGGCGUGUCGCUGCGGCCUGGCCAGCCUGACCGCCGAGCUGCUCCAGCAGGGCGCCAACCCCAACCUGCAGACCCAGAAGCCCCUGCCUGAGGAAACUAACGGCGUGGCUCUGCAGACGCCGCUCCACAUGGCCAUAGCUCACAACCACCCAGAUGUCGUUUCUGUCAUCUUGGAACAAAAAGCCAACGCACUUCACGCCACCAACAACUUGCAGAUCAUUCCAGACUUCAGUCUCAAAGACUCCAUGGACCAGACAGUCCUGGGUUUGGCCCUCUGGACAGGUAUGCACACUAUUGCGGCCCAGCUGCUGGGCUCCGGGGCUUCUAUCAAUGACACUAUGUCCAACGGACAAACCCUGCUUCACAUGGCUAUCCAAAGACAGGACAGCAAGAGCGCCCUCUUUCUUCUGGAGCAUCAGGCUGACAUCAACGUUAGGACGCAGGAGGGACAAACGGCGCUACAGCUGGCCAUCGGUAACCAGCUGCCACUAGUGGUGGACGCCAUUUGCACAAGAGGAGCUGAUAUGUCUGUUACAAAUGAAAAGGGGGAUCCUCCGUUAUGGCUGGCCCUCGAGAAUGGCCUGGAAGAUAUCGCAUCCACGCUGGUAAGAGGGGAGGGAAAAAAAAAAAGAAAUUGUGUAUGUUGACAUUAGGUUCAGUUGAACAACCCAGGAGUUGUGCUAAAGAGAAUGUACAACAAUUUGCUGGUUAUUAUUAAAUUACUUGUUUUGUUAAGAUAUUAUCAAAGUUUUUGUAAUUUUGCUUUGAUGCGUAUGCCCGGACCUAAUGGGGAAGGAGAUGACCCCACUAGGUGCGGACAAUCGAUGCCACAGGGCCUUUUAGAGUUUGGAGCUAAUGUCAAUGCACAAGAUUCAGAGGGCAGAGCUCCCAUCCACGCUGCUAUCAGCAACCAGCACAACGUCAUUAUCCAGCUCCUCAUUUCCCAUCCGGAGAUCCGGCUCAACCUCCGGGAUCGCCAAGGAAUGACGCCGUUCGCCUGCGCCAUGACGCACAAGAACAACAAGGCAGCGGAGGCCAUCCUAAAGAGGGAGCCUGGUGCUGCGGAACAGGUGGACAACAAAGGAAGGAAUUUCCUCCAUUUGGCUGUUCAAAACUCGGACAUCGAAAGCGUUCUGUUCCUCAUCAGCGUUCAGGCUAACGUAAACUCCAGAGUUCAGGAUGCUGCCAAACUCACCCCUCUUCACCUGGCUGUGCAGGCCGGUUCUGAGAUCAUUGUCCGCAACCUGCUGCUUGCCGGAGCCAAAGUAAACGAGCUGACCAAACACAGGCAGACGGCGCUACAUCUGGCUGCCCAGCAAGACCAGGCCACUAUUUGUUCUGUGUUGUUGGAGAACGGCAUAGAUUUUGCUGCUGAGGAUGAGAAUGGCAACAAUGCUCUGCAUCUGGCUGUGAUGCAGGGCCGCCUUAACAAUGUCAGAACCCUUCUGACGGAGUCCAACAUCGAUGCUGAGGCCUUCAAUCUCAGGGGUCAGUCGCCAAUGCACGUACUAGGGCAUUACGGUAAAGAGAACGCGGCAGCCAUCUUUGAGUUAUUCCUGGAGUGUAUGCCAGAAUACCCUCUAGACAAGCCAGACGGCGAAGGGAACACUGUUCUGCUUCUGGCCUACAUGAAAGGGAACGCCAACCUGUGCCGAGCCAUCGUGAGGGCUGGGGCUCGACUGGGCAUCACAAAUAAUCAGGGCACUAAUAUUUUCAACUACCAAGUUGCAACCAAACAGCUGCUCUUCCGCCUUCUAGAUAUGCUGUCCAAAGAGCCCCCUUGGUGUGAUGGCUCCAACUGCUAUGAAUGUACCGCGAAGUUUGGGGUAACGACAAGGAAACAUCACUGCCGCCAUUGUGGGCGCCUGCUGUGCCACAAGUGCUCUAUAAAGGAGAUACCAAUCAUCAAGUUCGACUUGAACAAGCCGGUGAGAGUGUGCGACAUCUGCUUUGACGUACUGACCCUGGGUGGGGUAUCGUAAUGCUGCGACUCGCCGCCACGAUUCAGGAACGCCACGAGGAAGGACGGCGACGAGCAGCGGAUACCGAGGACCAUCGUCUUUAUACUACUCCAGUCUAUGGAAAACUAUUAAUCUUCUAGAGAGACAUCUCAAAUAGAAACAUCGUCUUUUUGUUGGUUUGAAUCAAAAGUGUCUGAACGCAGCUCGGCGACAGCUUGGACGGAGUUUCUUUCUUUCUCGAUGGGUGUGGCAUUUGGCUCCUACAGUCGAGGUUGUUGUGGUGACACUUCAAUCCGGUGAUAACACUUAUAGAAGCGUUUACCUUUCCUCUGUUGGGUUGUUUUACCAUCCACGGGAUUCAAAUGGACUCUCCCAAAGCGGAAAAAUGCAGUGCGACAAACUGAUUCAUUUAUAACAGUGUUGAUUAUUCAUGUUUGUAAUCUGCUAUCAUUCACCCUCAGUUGAUUUUUUUUUUCUUGUGAGGUAACUGAUCCGAAUGAGUAAAAGUAAUCAUGUUGAGAUGACUACAACAAAUCCUGUCAAGUCGGCAGAUGAAAUGGCACAACUUGAAUCUUUUUUUUUUUUCUUUUUCUCCAGUGUAAAUGAAAAUUGAGCGUAAUAUACGACAGAGUAUUAGGGGACACUAAAGAAAAAAAUAAAAUUACAAGAAUAAAGUCAUAUAAGCAGAAUAAUAGAAUAGUCGUAAAGUCGUAGUAGUAAUGCAAGGAUAAAGUUGUAAUAUUACUAGGAGAAGGUCAUAGUAAACACAUCAUCAGAUUAUUGGGACACAGCCUGCUACUGUUGCUAAUCUAAUGUUGAUGUGUUAAUAAAUGAAGUAUUUCCUUAUUUGUAAAACCAAUGCCAAAGUAUAACUUCACAAGAUGCUCAACAUUCCUCAUCUGCAGCUGUAACGCUGCCUUUUUUGUGUGUCCAAGUUCUCGUAUCACAACUUUAUUCUUGCAAUAUUGUGACUUUUGUCUUCUUUUUUUCCCAGCCUUGCCUUAAAACUCCGUCGUAAUAAAGAUCAAGAAUCUGAGAGCCGAAUUCAUCACAUGAACUCGCAGCAUUCUGUUGACAGUCAUCUUCAGUUGCGCAUCCUUCUCAUGUCGCCUACGCUUCUCGUUUCAUUUGUAGCCUUUAUACAUCAGUUAUAUCAUGAAUCAUGUUCUGAAAUGGAUCACCAAAUAACAUUCCUUCUGAAUUGUUUCGUCCUGUCAUCACUGGUAUCUUUUUUUGAUGUUUAACGCUCUUAAUUUUCUCAGCCUAACAGGUGCACUUUAUCAGAAACACGAGACAUUUCAGAUCAUCGGGGAGAAUGUGGACUAAGUAGAGGGUCGGCCAAGUGGAGCGGCCUCUUUAAGUAUUGUUAAAUUGUACAGAUAAAUGUCUGAUAUUUUUUGACCACUACAACUGUUUUGUACUUUAAAAUGCAGUUUGUGCUUGUCAUUGUGACAAACCCUAAAAGAGAAAAAAAUCUUGCCUCUGUUAAUCUUUUAUGCACAUUGUUUAAUCUUUUAUGCACAUUGUAUUGUAUCUGUAUGCUCAGAUAUCUAGCCUGUCUCUUCCUGGUGUAUUCUUUUAGAAAAAGGGAGGACAACUUUACAUAAAGGUCAUUGACAAAC